CGCACGCGCACCACAGCUGGUGUCUCUCCAAGAAACAAUCCAUUAAAGGGAACCGAAGACUUUGCAUCAACCAACAAAAUGAAGGUUCCAUGGAGACAUGCACAAAGCAAGAAUCUGCCCUCUACAAUGAAGGAAGUCAUAGCAUCAGAGGAUGAGGAGGCAGUCUGAAAGUGAUUUGGUAUGCAGUAACCCAAGAAGACAUCUGGAGGAAAGUAAUUGGCAGUGUAAAAACUGUCGGAGCCGGGAUUGGUAUUCGGGAAUAAUCCUCUUCCCAUACGUGGAAUAUCGUCUGAACAGCAUGUAGCAGUGGAAGCUGCUUGAGACACAGCGAGAGACGCGCUCUCAGAAUUCGAGAGCCGGAGCAGGAGAAACAGAGAGAGAGAUGUUACUGGACAGCCUGCUAGAGCAUAUGGAUGCCAUUUGUAAAGCAGCGGUGAGAAUGUAAAGCGGAUUUCCAGACUGGUGAAGCAAGUUUCCUGACUCAUUUCUCUCAGACUAUGUCGUUGACCAACACAAAGACGGGCUUUUCUGUAAAGGACAUUUUGGACCUCCCUGACACGAACGAUGAAGAAGGAUCUAUCACUGGAACGGAGGACGACACGGAGGGCUCGGAACCCAGGAAAACGCCCGCUGGAGUUUUGGUGCAAAGUCCACUUGAAGGCGUUCAAAAUCUGCCUAUAAAGAACCCAUUUUUUGACACAAGUGACAAUCCUUACACAAGAUGGCUUGCCACCACGGACAGCAUCCAGUAUUCAUUGCACGGUCUAUCUGCUAACUCGCAAGACUCAUCAGCCAAAUCGCCAGAGCCCUCCGCCGACGAAUCACCGGACAACGACAAAGAAACUUCGAGCAAUGGCAGCGACUCCGGUAAGAAGCGCAAGAGGAGAGUGCUGUUCUCCAAGGCGCAGACAUACGAACUCGAACGUCGCUUCAGGCAACAGCGGUACCUUUCAGCACCCGAGAGGGAACACCUCGCUAGCUUGAUUCGCCUGACACCGACGCAAGUGAAAAUUUGGUUCCAGAACCACCGAUACAAAAUGAAGAGGGCUCGCGCCGAAAAAGGUAUUGAAGUGUCCCAUCUGCCCUCACCACGCCGGGUGGCCGUCCCGGUUCUAGUUAGGGACGGUAAGCCCUGCCACACGUUAAAAGCUCAGGACUUGGCAGCCACUUUCCAAGCUGGAAUACCCUUUUCCGCAUAUAGCGCCCAGUCCCUUCAGCACAUGCAAUAUAACGCCCAUUACAGCGCUGCCGCCACAACACAGUUCCCCUCGGCACAUCACUUGGUACAAACAUCACAGUGGACUUGGUGACUGAGACUGUGUGGGUCAGCUUCAUUGCGGGACUGAGAUUUGAGUUUCAAAAACAAAUCUAAAGGAGAAGGACUUUUUUUUCUCUGCGGCUUGACCCAUACCAACCGUUUCAUUUCGGGGCUGGCGUGUGCGUCAUGUUUACAUUUUCCGUUCAGCAAACCAGGUCUAGCCUCUACUUAGAUCUAAGAAUGUCAAUGCUCUUGUGAAAUUUUGUAAAGUAUGUUUAUGUGUUGUAGAAAAUGUUUUGUCCUUCGUGUCCCCAGCACGUAUAAAACCACUUUAUAAUUACAGAAAAUUUUAUUUCGUGCUUUUACAAUGGACCGAAAAUAUUUAUGGCCAAGAAUAAAUGGCAACUUUUAGCAGAUUUCUUUGGUUUCUGUUCCUUGUAAAUAUUUUUGUGACAAUUAAUUAUAGUUAUGACUCGGAGCGUAAAGCUCGAGGUAUGAGAAAACUCAAAAUAUUAUUGGAAGUUAAAAGGAAAAACAAAUGUUAAAACUGACGAUAUUGGCCAAUUUUAAUUAUGUGAAUAGUAAUUAAAACGCGCGCUGAUUGCGAGAA